UUGCCUUCACUCAACAAUUGUUUUCCCUUGCGUCAACAUGUUUCAGUAUUUUUUCAUUCCGCUGCUCCUCGUGUUUGUCUGGUUUGCAGCGUUCUCCUACUUGAAAUGGAACUUUAAAUAUUGGAGUAAACGAAAAGUUUUCGGACCUGAGCCUAAAAUUCUGCAAGGUACUUUUCCUAAAACCUACGAUGGUCAGUGCAAUUUGGUGGAAGAACUCCAUGAGAUAUACAAAAAAUUUAAAGAUGCGCAUAGCUAUGUUGGUGUAUUUCAAGCUCGCAGUCCCAAGUUAUUUAUUUUAGACCCUGAUGUAGCGAUGCAGAUUCUUAAAACAAAAUUUACUUAUUUCCACGACAACGAAUCAUCCCAAUGGAGCUCUCUUAAUGUCGAGCAAUUAAGAUUUUCGAGCCCGUUUGUAUCUGUCGGAGAUGUUUGGAAGGAGAAACGGGCAGAACUUAGUCAGGCCCUAACUAUUAACAAGAUCCGUUCUCAUUUCAAUAUGAUGCAAGCAACAGCGUGCAAGAUGACCGAAUAUAUCAACAUCCAUAACUAUGGCACUGUUUGGAACGCGAAAGAUUUAGCAAAUCGCUUUACAUGUGAUGUCAUGACUAAAUUUAUUUGGGGAAUAGAGGAGAACACAUUUCAUGAUAGAGAAGGUCGUUCACAAAUACAUCAGAUGGCAGAUAUAAUGUUGAAUCAAGCAAUACGUUGUGUUCAUUACUACGGACGAACGGCUGCAUGGCCCUAUCUAAGAAAGCUCUGGCCAGUAAGGUUCUUCCCUGGUCUGUCCGAUAGAUUCUUUCAGCAACUGGCCAGCACCACAAUGCGGGAUUGUACUCUUGUGAAUCGCCCAUCGGAGAGUAUUGUGAUCAAUCACCUAAUGCAGUUGAAGGAGAAAAAGAAAUUAAAUGAUUUACAAAUCGCUGGACACACGACCACGGUUCUGAUUGAUGGUUUUGAGACGGCGGCUUUAGUUAUGGCCCAUUGCUUGCUAAUGUUAGCGAGACAUCAAAGGGUGCAGAGUAAGCUGAGAAAUAUUUUAGAAAGCAAAACAGUGAAUAUUUCUUCAUUUGAUGAACUGAUGGCACUUCCAUAUUUAGAUCAAUGUAUUCAGGAAACACUACGACUUUUUCCUCCCUUGGCAACCCUUUUCAAAAUCUGCACAGAGUAUAUGUCUGUCGAUGACUGCAGAAAUGGUUCAGAAGUCAUGUUAGUACCUGGCGAUGUAGUCUACAUCUCAGCAUAUUCAUUUCAUCGUGAUGCUGCCUAUUACGAGAAACCCGAUGAAUAUUGGCCGGAACGUUUUGAUGAAGAGCUCGGAGGUAUUCAAAAAUAUCGAAAUAUGGGCGUAUUUCUACCUUUCGGGGAUGGUCCAAGAAUGUGUCCAGAGCAGAGACAACGGAGGACAUGUUGAAGCUUUUAAGGAAAACCUAUUUUCCACAGAGUACAAAGAGACUCACGAAGACACCGGAAUCUUGGAAUAAUGACGUUGAUCGAAGGUUUAUAAUUACAGAAUUUAUGGUGAAGGAAUCCUUGAGGAGCCUCAAACCAUUUAGGUCACCUGGAUCUGAUGGAAUAUUUUCGGCGUUACUACAGAAGGAGACAGGCUAUCUGGCGCCUCGACUGGCCAAAAAUUUCACAGCGUGCCUAGGACUAGCAUAUACUCCGAAAGCCUGACAGGAGGCAAGGGUGGAGUUUAUACCCAAGCCCGGCAAAGCAAGUUAUGCGACACCAAAGGCCUACAGACCCAUAAGCCUUACGUCCUUUCUAUUCAAAACCAAUGAACGUAUUGUGGACACCAUGAUAAAGAGUAGGACAGCGAACUGAUCAAAAACAAGGAAAGGUUCAAGGGAAGGUCGGUGGAGACUGCCCUGCACAAGGUGGUGCAUAAAAUAGAAGAAUCCUUCGAUGCCAAAACGUUAACACUGGCGGUAUGCAUUGACAUCGAGGGGGCUUUUAAUAAUGUGCGGAUCGACACACUGGUCUAAUUCUUAGACCAGUACCGGGUGGACCCG